CUACCACUUGCGGAACUUCUACGACGGCGCGACGAGAAUAAAUGCAGGACCGCAGGAGCUGCACUUUUCCGAAGCCGAUAAGCGUGUUCAAACCGCGGAUGAAACACCAGCAGACCACCACACGACCACCACUACAACUUCCGUGCGGCAGUCGCGAAAGCACGAUCAUGUGCGACGAGAUGAUCAUGCCGAGGAUCAUGCGGUGGACCCAGACGCGACCCGCAGAAAUAUUGACGUGAAAAAAAACUUAAGUGGGUCGUGCUAUCGUGGUCCAGAUCAACUCCAAAAGUAUCAUUUUCCAAAACAAGAAAACCACAAUAAUAUCCUCGUUGAGCAUGAUACAACAACAUCUCUCAAAAGUAAAAAUUCCUCCAGUAGAAGUAUCAUGGUGGGUCGUAGUACGACGUCGUUCGUGGGAAGUAGAGCAAAUAAGGAUGCUGCUGGUGACGGUGACCAGAACUACGCUUACUCAUCGGUAAUUAGCCUUGAAAACGUUCUUGUAGAAUUCUCAUCCUCAUCAUUAAAUGAAAAGUGCUUUAUAUGUUGAGCAGCUCGAGCUUUUGCUGAGGAUCAUCGCAGUUUUUUUUUUUUUUUGAAAAAAUCAACAUUGUUGUUCGGGAAUAGAUACGGAUAUCAACUUUCAGUAUCAAGAAAAAAGACACCUUCGCCGAUUUUUUUUUUUGUCAGCCAGAAAACAUACAUCACAAAUCGACUGCAUCAACAUUCAAAGGCUCAGCAUUGCCGGCGUGAGGACGGGAAUUCGGUUUAUCGAAACAAGGCCGAAUUUUCGAACAUCAGCAGCCACCAGUUCCAGUUUGGCAGUGGUCAAACUAGAAGCUGCAAAAGGGCGACUUCUAGCAAGAGGCCGGGGCAGUUUUCAUCUCCGGACGACGGCCCAAGCACCACCGCAACGAGCGUCACACACGCGUCUUCAUCCGCUUCAGAGGACUUUUCGACGUUGCAGGUGGACCUACGAUUCCAGCAAAGGGUUGAAGGCCCUCGUGUCAGCACCAGAAGCAGCACCAGCAGAGGAGAAAAACUACUACCUAUCAGCAUCUCCGUGCCAGAGGGAAGGGCAUCGAUCCAAGAGGAAACUCCGGGGCUGAAGCUCAACUUCCUGCACAGCGCGCACCAGCACGACGCCCCCUCUCCGCGACGGUCUUCCCGAUUCAGCUUUUCGAAUUACAAAGCCGCAAAGACUCCGAGGCACGACGAAACCGUCACUACGCUUUGCGAAACGCCAGCAGAGCUCAGGUUCAUUCACCACCAGGACAUCAGCGGCGGAACUUCUUUGUACCCUGUCAAUUCGGUGUCCUCGUCCUCGUCUCUUAUUAGCCGUCCCGGUCACGCCUGCAGUCCCCAUCCCUUGCUGCGGUUGCAUAUCCUCUAAAAAAGUAUAAUCGCGCUUUUUGUGCUACCAAUUGCAAUCUUGCAUGUGGACAGAACUGGUGUUCGUCCUUAUUGUUAUCUCGUCCUACUUGUGCUUGUUUGAAACAAAUUACAGGCUGUGUUUCUUUUUUUCUACUUCUGUAGCAAGAGUUUUAGAAUUUGUAAAUGCAGUGCAGGGACACCAUCACCAGGUCCAGGGACAGCCUGCCCUUGGUCUCCGACCACGUGGAAAUGCAAUUGCCAUGUAGUGCGAAUCAAUGCGAUGCUAGCUUUUGCAACCUUGCAUAUUCCAGGAGGAGGAGCAAGACCUAGUAGCGGAAUCGGAGGUAGAGCGGGAUUUUUGUCGACGUGUCCAGGGCGUUCGUAGCGACCGCGACGACAAUUUUUCAGACCCCGAGGACGACGACGAAGGUCGGUCUUGUCGGGCUGGAAGUAGCAGUACCACGGCGAGAACGAACGUCGGAGACGAGACCACCCGGCCCGAGCGCAAAACUAGCUUCAAGUUCGCUGCUAAAACAACUCCCAGUUUGGCGGGCGAGCAGGAGGAAAGCCGGAAGCAAACUCCGAAUCUCAGCGACCGCGGUAGGGCAGACCGUUGUCCCUUAACAGAGAGAGACGACGCUGGUUUUUCGUACCCCCCAGAUAACUACAAUCAAGUAGGGCUAGCACCUCCACCAGCGUCUUGCUCUGUUGCAACCGACCAUCAGACGAAAAGAAGCGCUGCUGCAAGUCCUCGCGACUUGUCACAUUGGCGUCAUCAAGUGGGAAAUCAACAGACCGCAAACACCGCUAGCACUACCACUCGCCGGCGCACUUCGACGCAAGACCUUGUGAAGACGCUCAGAUCCCGGAGCUACCGAGGUUGUGUUGGGCAAGGAGAAGCGAGUUGUGAGAACGUUCAAGCAGCUCGUCACCAAGAAAGAGAAGUAGGGCCGAUAAAAGGCUUACAGUCCUGUAAAGAGAAUACAGGGACAGUAGGCGCAUUACGCCGUGUGCAGAGUUUGGUUACCACUCCCCCGCAGCGCUCGCAUUACCAACAGCAAGAACUACGAGCAGGAGCAACUACAGCGGGAUACAACUACACGACGAAGAAAAACAGGUCUGCGCCGGGCUCGCCGAUUGGAAGUUCGGGCUGUGCAGAGACCGGUAGCUCCUUCCACACCACCCCAACGUCCGCGGGCAGAAGUGGAGGCAGUAGCUCCAGUAAUCUAACAAAGAACGAAAAGCCGUCGAACUCCACGGAAGUGGGAUUACCACAUCAACGGGACGAGGUGGGAAGCGCGUUAUCUCGGCGCCCAAACAGCGAUCACCUAGAGCCAAACAGGGUUGUCGCCAAUUCUGGGCCGUCCGGUCGAGUUGUAUUGUCAGCACAGGGCCGCGAUACUUGUCGUGUGUUGCACAGCUCGUGCUCCGAAGCUGCCCGCAACCACAGCGAUAACAGUAGCUCCUGUGAUUCUACUUCUGCGAGUGUCCUUGACUGGGUGCCUCACCCCCGAUACAACAGCGGCGCGUCUGCUUCUUGCCACGACGAGCAGCGCCAACAGGACGAGACUGCUGUAACAAGUACGAAAACGCCAGUAGCUGCUGCAGAAGAACAUCAUCCGUGCUUGGUCUUAGACGAGCGUGAGGGCGCGUUUACUCCGCAGGGGGGCGCUGACUAUUCUCAAUCUACAGGGCACCGGGGUGACCGAUUUUGGCAAAACUACCAGAACUUUCUCCAUUCGUCGGGUGAAGGAGCAGUAGGCGCGAGGGAAGAUAAACUGAAGACCCACGACGAACGAGGUGAGGGUCUCGUCACGUCACAACAGCAAAACGCUUUCCCAGUUGAGGCACAGCAAAGGCUUGCUCUAGAACAGCAAAAUACAUACCCGCAGAUCCCACGUACAGAGUCCUAUAGCUUCAAUAGCGAAUACAGCUACAGGAGUGUCCACGGACACGGAACUGGCGGCGUUCACGCAUUAACGAGCCAGCUGCCACCGGCGCAGCAUCAUCAAGGACAGCAGCACGCUGGGGGUUUGUUUUCGGCAGACGUUUAUCAAAACCAAAUAACGCCACAGUCUUCUGGCUUUGCUCCGCAGCCGGCAGCACAGCAAAACAUCCCGGGGGGCGGAGCCGCCGCUGUUUGGAGAGAGCCUCCAGCACCACCAGCUUUUUUCCGUGGACCAGUUGUAGCCAACCGCUCCGAUUUCAGCUUUGUGAGUCAGCAGAUUAACCGCCCCGGGUCACUAUCUUUUUCGACUUCCGUUGGUGCCCCGCCAGCCUCCGCCGGAGGAGAGGCCUUUGGAGCUCAGCACCACUGCAAUUUGCAAGCAGCUUCAUCGGUGGGUCCUCGGAUUAACUAUAAUCCUCUGUACCAGUUGCAGGCCUCUUCUUCCAGUGCCGGUAAUUUUUGUGUUGCGCAACAGCCUUGCCACCCGGACGUCCAGCGGGCAGUUGACCAAGUCAUCGCAGCGAACCUGCUUCAUUCGGAGAACCUCAACCGCCUCGAGUUUGCACCAGCUCCGAGACUACAGGAACAAGGGCAGCGACAGCAGCAGCACCAUCAAGACCAGAGCGCGGGCCACCUGCUUGCUCGCUCGUCUUCGUCCCGGCAACAUAUCAACACCACAGUGAGUUGCAGCAACGACACCACCAACCGUUGCAGCACAACCGGCGCCGCGUACAACGAACGGAUACUUCUCGGGGCCGGGAAUUACAACCAGCAUAGCUACCGCCCUGUCGCGGAGCAGCCAUCAAGCCAGCCACCACAUCAGCCGCCCUCAUCUGCUUCUAGCUCUUCCCACAACGGGAACGGACACCACUAUCAGCAGACGCGCCAGCUCUUCAGACGACCGACUGACUUCGACGUGGCCCCAUCGCUGCCUGGUCUUUCAAACACCUCUCUGGGACGUGCUCCUGAAGCACUAAAUCUCAGUGAAGCACAACCACACUGGGCUGCCUCGCAUCUUCAGCCUGUGCCCGGUCCGUAUCGGUGCCACCCGACACAGCCAGCAGCAGGAACAAGCGGCAACUAUAUCCAUGAGCAGCAAAGCCUAACUUACAACCAGGCGCACGCGCUGCAGUCCUUGAUCUACCGCGAUCAGCAACUACAACAAGCUUCUGAGCAAGGACAACUGCAGUCUCAGAACCACCACCCAGCAACUUUUGUCGGGGCGGCUCAGCAGACGCAGCAGCACCAAAGCGCAAUUAUUGCUGAAGCACCGCCUCCAUCAUCCGGGUUAAUCUCUUACAAUCCCUGGGUUGGCAAGACUGGACCAGGGUCCUUUCCGGCGAUCGUGGAGCGGGCCUGCAAUCCUCCGCCCGUAGUCGUGCGAAGUGACAAUAUUAAAGACAACAUCACCUCGGGCAGCUUUUCCUCGAGCUCCUCGUUAUCGAUCUCAAGCAUUGCUUUAGUCGGGCCAGCCGGGUCGCUUGGAGUUCAACAAAACGCGCCCAGCAAUUUGAGUAACCUUGUCGUGCACGACGAGCAGCUUGUGCAGCAGAAGCGGGACCAGCAGCAGCAUUUCAUCACUGCGAACCAAGUGGCCGCGGCGGGGGCUACUACGCAGCAGUCGUCAGGCGUAUUAUUGCACCAGGUGUCUGCGGCGCCCCAGUGCAGUAUCGUCAGUCACCACACCUACAAUCCACUUGUGCAACAGAACCCUGGUGGAGGUCCACCUGCAGUUUCGGUAAACCACAGCCUUCAACCUCCUCCUCCUCCGCAAAUCUACGGCCAACAAGUAGACCAGCCUGCAAGCAGCGGUCUCUGCAUUUACCAACCACAGCCGGGAGCCGCGCAAGUAGAGCAACAGGGACAGCAGCAGCAGCUGCAAUACAACAUCAACAGCUUGUACAGUAACUUCCAGCCUCAUCAACCAGAGCAGCAGCAGCAAGUCGUAGUUCCUCCAGGAGACCCUGGCGCAGCUGUUCCUGUGCAACAUCAAGGUUCGUCGUACAGCUUUAUCGACGAGCAGCAACAGCAGCAUUUUGUGCAGCACGUGAACGGCAUCCAGAUUUCCCAUAUCAUUCAGCCGCAACCACCGACAGCACCGUUUGACGCUGCACACGAUCAGCAGCUGCCUUCUGUAGGUUUGGAUCCCGCUGCAGCAGCAGCAUUAUCUCCUGUCCUUCCACGUGAUCACCCGAAUCAUCUGCUGACCGAACCAACGCACCAGCCCGAACCCUUGACGGUGGACGGGAUUAUCGGCGGUAUUUCCGGACUGUGUAGCUACAAAAAAGGAAAGGAGAUUCGGGAGAAACUCCGUAGUGAGGAAGAAGAAAAGAGAGGGAUAGUAGUACACGGCAUAACCGCGGCAACAUCUUCUUCCUACUGUGCUAGUGAAGAAGGAGGUGGUGGCGGUCCUGGUGGUCGUGCACCAGUGUUAGCAUCAUCUUUUCCCGGAACAACUGGUGCUACUGCUCCUUCGUGGACGAAUUUUUCUGCAAACAGGAGUAGAACAACUACAGGGGACCAGCAGUUUGGAGGGUCGUUGUACAACACCAGCUGCAAUAUAAUUGCCUCCCGCACCGGCACCGGUGUCGAUAAUUUUACUAAUUGUAGUCCCCAGGAGCUCCAACUUCACGCAUUGCUACCACAAGUAGAGCCCGCACGCCAACAACAUCGUCAAGAAGAACAUCAGACCGCCUUCUUUUCCAUCAUCCCUGCAACAAUUCAGAGGGGGGAAAACGAAAAAAAGCUGGAACACGCGAAGAAGGUCACGCUUUUGCUGGAAGAUAGCUACUAUGCACUGCAAAAGUAUCGUACUCCUCGUAGUAAUUGCAAUCGCACAUUACAAACCCAAAUUUCUACCCGAAGUAGCAUGACAAGUUGCAUUUUUGUACUUGACAGAAUUUGUGAUGCAAUUUAUACUAGUCCACGAUAGUUUAUUUGCAAGGCAUAGCUAUUUCACCGAGGUAGAAAACAACCCGAGGACCACGGCGGCGGAGACUUACUAUUCCGCAUAUGCAAUGCAAACAUGUCCUCUUGGUCUGGAAGUAUGCAAGCUUUGUCAUGCUUGUCUGGCAUGACUGAAGAGCUUCAGGCACAGCUUGUGAUGCGGGUCCAACAAGAGACCCUUUCGCCUGUCAUGCAAAAACGCAGUCUGUCAUGCGAAACGCGCAACACUAAGCCGCGAAAAUAUUUCUCAUACUUGGCCCAGCAUUACAAGUUUCCAGACCCUCCAGACAUAUUUGCAUUUGAUACCGCGCGGCGGUUUACCACCAGCAGUCCGACCCGGGAAUUGCAGUACUUGAAGAAGGAAAACCAGAAGUGCAAAAACCAAAUGUCGUCGCAUUUGCAGGAGUACAUAGACCCUUUGGCGCAGGUGCCGCGCACCCCGCUAUGACAGUGCACAACUCCCCCUCCCCUUCAUUUGAAAUGCAAAACUCCAAACCCAGUUGCUGCCUUGUAGCACCCUUUGCAUGACAAAUUCUGGAAGGAGCCCAAACAGUACCACAGUCGGCGCAUGAACUUGUCAUGCUCAGGCUCCACGUAUCUUGGUGUUUGUAUUGCUGUUCAUGCAAUACAACUGAAGGGGAGUGGGAGUUGUGCACCCUCAUACCCGCCCGAGCUGAUCGUGAAGAUGGGCCGGAUCAUGGCCAAAUUCGCGGCGGAGGACGAUAUGGCAACGAGAAACCGGCUGGCGGCCGGUGGGGGAGUAGGAUCGGGAUACAACGCGAAUCAGGUACUUGAUAUCAUUUCGUGCUAGUUUUUGCCCUUUCUUGGGGCAGUUUGUCAUGCGUCAACAUGUAGUUGCUGACGCCAUGAACAUACUGUUUCCAUGCCAAGAUAAAGAAGAACUCUUUAAUAUGACCACGUGCAUCAAUUGAAAUUGAAUCAAUGCAUACUUUUACUUCGAACUCUUCCUCCAGGCUGCCCAUUUCUACAUCGCCGGGCGUCCAAACCUAUCCGGUGCAAAAGUAUCGUACUCGUAGUAAUCGCAAUCAUGCAUUACAAAUCUCCGUCCCAAGGUAAAACAGCAUGAAAAAUUUCGUUUGUCAUGCUAAGCUAAUUUGUAUUGCAAGCACUACUAGUGCGAUACUUUUGCAGUUCAUAAAACCUCGGGAUUGAGCAAUACGUCGACCGGCUCCGGAAAUAUUUCCACUGCUCCCUCGAGUGCUUCGUGUAUCACAGAGGACCAAAAAGCGAUAACACUACUAGCGAACUUUGACUUGUUGUCCUGAAUUUAUGAAGGCACUUUUUCAAAAGUAGGUGCGACUGCUGGAAGUUGUAGUGCGUAGCAUGCAUGUUCGGGUCUGACUCUGUCGUGUCUGACUGUCUUGCAGGACUACCAUGCAUGAAAAUCGCUAGUACUAACGCUAAUGCGCUUUUUCGCUUGAUAUCGUGCUCGCCUUCAUCUACAUCGACCGUGUCGUCACCCUAAACCGAUCCGUGAUCACGCUGGGAAGCGGGAACGUGCACCGCUUGUUGCUGGUACGCAAUACAAAAUUCCCGUACAUGUACAAAAUGCAUGACAAAUUUGGCUAACUUGCAGAAGUGUCCAACUUGUCAUGCUAGACUAGGACUCAAGGCAAGUUCUGUCAUGCUAGACUAGGACUCAAGCCUCCCCUGUCUGGGCGGGGCUGCGGCUUAGGGGAGAGUCUCGCCCCUUCACCCAAAGGGGUACGUCGUCUCUUCCGUGAGAACAAAAACGUAGGGCGUAAAAUGGGUCGGGUCCUGGAUCAUUCUGUAUGUUGGGCUGUCGCGCUCGGCUUGCUGGCUGGGCUGUACCGAUCAGGUGUGGUGGGUAGCUCCCGACUGGUUGGUACUUUUCUUGGGGCGACUUGCCGUGGUAGCGCUCGGCUUUUGUAUGAUGAGGUCGCCGAAAGUGCUUCCUCGCCCACCCCCCGGGGAGGGGAUCCUUGACCUGUGGCGCUGGGAGCGGGUGUCCACUACAUGAUGAUGAUGAUGCAGAGACUGCAUUUGUACGUGUACGGGAAUAAAUUUGCUGUGGAUAGCUGGCGUCGUUGACGGUGGCGACGAAGUACUGGGAUGAUAUUUACUACUCGAACGGGCACUACGCGAAGGUCGGCGGUGUGACAACCCGAGAAAUCGACAACAUGGAGUACCUAUGAAUUACAGCAAAAGUAUCGUACUUGUAUGAAUUGCAAUACAAAUAAUUGAAAUUGGCUUAGCAUGACAAACUAAAUUUGUAAUGCGUACCUACCUUAGCGCCUAGAUCUCAAGAUCUGUAAUGCAUAGCUGCGAUAAUUGCUACGAGUGCGAUACUUUUGCAUUGCAUAGUACCAAUUCUUGUGCCUGGUGAACUGGCGGCUGUUCGUCUCACCAGACGAGUUUAAAGGGUACAUGAACAUGAUCAACACCAGCCCGCUGUGAAGAUUACAAGAAGUGAUGGAACUACAACUGACAACUACAUCCGUCGAGCAACUGCGGGAAGAAGAUCAGCAUGAUGAAAUUAAGGUACUAAAAUUAUGACUUAUUGUUAGUGGACUUGAGAACACUCGCACACACUUGCACACGUUUGCUCCGUUGAGCUCGUUAUCAACAGCAGAUGAAUCAAUCCAAUUGCAAGUAAGCAAGCAAGUGACGCAAGUCUCUUGCUGCGUUACAUCCUGUAGGUUCAGUUCAAUCACAUUCAUCAAGAUUCUCGCAUGAUUCUCGCCAGAUGUCAACACAUGUCAGGAUCUCGGGUCUUGGUAAAGAUUUUAUCAGCGGACGGGGUCGCUGGUAAAGUUUUGAUCAGGGGACGAGGUCCCAGGUAAAGUGUUGGCCCGGGCUUGGUAUAGGUCGGGAGACCUGCCCAAAGCACGGACAAUCUGGAGAGCUACUUGGGACCAUUUGACUGGAGGAUCAUGUCACCAGCUACAGAGCCUGGCUUACGAUUUUACUUAGGUCCGUGGUCCUUGCUCAAAGUUUUACCAGGGACGGCGGUCGCAAGUAAAAUCCGAACGAAGCAGCAUGCUACGGGGCCGAUUUGAGUCAGAACCUUCAGUCAUUUUCAUCAUGGAACAGGCUUCAUUUGGGGCGAUCAUGUUACGUGUGUGCGGGAUCGAUUUCCAUGACCAACACCCCUCCUCAAUCACUGCGGCGGUGGUGCUAAUCAGGAAUAAUCCUACUACACUCCCCGCCUGAGCGCUGUGCCUAUCUAGAAACCAAAACAAAUCGAAUAAGUAUAGCCUGCUUUAGCCUUGCCCUUCUUAUGAUUCCCCUCAAUAAACGUGUCUAAAUCACCCUCAUCGUCAGAGGAGUCACAAAUAAAAGACUUAGGGUCGGGGUUAUCAAUAUGGUGCAAGAGUAAACGUCUCUGCGGCGCACUACACUCGAGCUUCGUCAGACCGUCUGCCUUCAUUAGGUAGGUCGGGCAGAACAUGAUCUGGCUCGCUGCGUCUCUCACGCGGAGAUAUCGCAGUGCGUAGUGCCUCGAUUUCGGUUUGUUGUCUGUGCUCUUAGCUGUAGUUAUCGCGGACUGGUUGUCGAUCCACAAUAUGGCAUCAUCCAGGGAGGGAGAUAAGCCAUUCUGCUUUUCCACCAUGACAGCGGGGAGAGGUUUGAAGAACUCCGUAAAGUCAUUCUGCUCGCUCAGCGCAAUAGUUUCGGAAGCAGCUAUAUACUCCGCCUCCGCCGUGGAGUACGCCCUCACGGUCUGCCGGUUGCUACGCCAACAGAUCGGGAAGCCACGGAAGUGCAUAAUGCUACCGCUAGUGCUUCGCAUGGUCUUGCAACAAUUCGCAAAACUAGCAUCCGAAAACAGAUUCACAUCAGGCAAGUCUCUCCCUUCGGGCAGUAGCUUGCUGUAGAUUCUGUUGAAUUCCUCCUCAAUUUCCGGACUAUACGACAGACCCUGCUCCUUCGUUGUCAAUACAUACUUCAGAAUCUUCUUACAGGCGUUUACGACAGGCCGAGUCGCCGGCUUGCCCACAUAUCUGGCGACAGUGGCAACCGGGACAACGAUGUCUACCCUGCAAGUGGUAGCAGCCCACUGCAGAGAGCCAGCGACCUCUCGAAGGGGAAAACCUUCAAUAGCUUUGGCUCCUUCAACUUCUUUAGCGAGUUCAGACUCAUCGAAGUUUGGCGAGUGGACCGGCUUGCCCGCUUCUGAGACGUGGAAUUUCUUACAAAUCUUGGAUAUGUGCUCUGACAUCACGAUCCGAACGGUUCGCAGAUUCCAGUUGUAGUACACUACUGACCCUAGGAAGUCGAACUUCUUGGACACAGAGUUAAACUCCGGAACAAGCUCGACGUCGAUCAUGCGCCCCUUGACGUGGUGCAAGAUCUCCGCAAGUUCUCCAGCCAACUCGGACCCAGUCGGAGGACCUGUGAUAAGAUUAUCGUCGACAUACGCUGCCAACUUCAGAAACUUCCCAGGGAAUUCCAAGCUCGGUUUCCUCCACAGACCUGGCGCAGAGGGACAGGGCUCCCAACCUAGCUUGGUCAGUACUUCCUCAUACUUCUUAUACCAGAGCCUGGAAGCGUCUUCCAAGCCGUAAAGCGCUUUCUUGAGCUUGACGAUCUCCACGCCGUGGGUUUUCGCCCAGAUGGGUGGCAAGCGGCAGAAGACGUCGCGACCAAGUAAGGCAUUGAGAAACGCACUAUCAAGGUCGAACGGGAUCACAUCAUCACCAUCUGCGGCUGCAGCGGCUAGAAGUAACCUGCUAGCGGCAUGGGACACAACAGGAGCGAAAGUGUCCAGCUCGCCCGAACGAUCUAGAUUGCCGAGCGCUACUGCUCGCGCUUUCUUCGUACCGUCACGCUUCUCGGUAAGAAGGAUAGCAAUAGGCAAAACCUGCUUUGCGGUCGCUAGCUCCUCGUCAGUAGCUGGCUCCCACACUUCAUAGGCUUUAAGUCUACAAUCUUCCUUGUUGGUUGCUGCGUUCCAUUCGACUGAGUCUUUGCAACGAGCAGGAUCCAACUUGGCCGAUGUAGUCAAGUAACACUGGACGUCGAGGAAUUCCUCACCUUCCUCUCUGUCGUCCUGUGCUGCUAUUGCUGCGGCAAACGCACUAGCGUCUUUCCUCAAUUCUGCGAGCUCUUUCUUGGUACGUCUCACGCGCUUUGUCUUGUCCUUUCUCCCCUUGGGACGGCCACGACCUCGCGGCUUGGAGUUGCGGUUGCCAGCCACAAUCCGUGCCGGAGACGGACUCGUCUUUCUAUUCUUGGACUAGAUAAGCUGCUGUGAGUGGGGUGAUCGUCCAGAUUCCCCUCCUCAGGUUUAACACCUUCGGGCCCGGGAUGUAUCUGGCCCGAAUCAUCUUCCCUAUCCAGACUUUCAACCACCAACGUCUCUUCAGGACCGUCGGGCUGCCUGCCAGUGUGCUCCGAGUGAGACAUCCACCCCCAGCCGGUGCUCAGCCCUUUUGAUCAGACCGACACACGGGAGAGAUGGCGCGCACGACGCUCCACUAGAUAGGGCCUCGAUUGCGUCACACUCGACACAGAUACCUUUAGAGUUAGGAACUAGGUCUUCAAUAUUCUUCAAGAGGUACUCCUCACGGAACUUGACGUCGAUGGUAGAGUAUUCCAUCCAACGAUGUCCCGGCCGCGGCAGACCGGCCGUCCGUGACAUACGUCCGUCCCAACCCGCCAGCCCGAAGACUUAGGACAGAGGCCAAGAAAUACACCACGACGAAAUGGCGCGGACAGCUUUGGAGCAACCACUUCUACUCCCCCCUCAGGAGCUUCAUGAGCUUCGCCUUUCUUGACUUGUUCACGAAAAUAAACGAGACAACCAAAACGCCUUAGCAUCCUUGUGCCAACUUUCGAGCUAUUUCUUCCAGUUCUCUCAUCCAGAAUUUCUGCAGGAGUCUUUCCGUCGUACUCAGGCACUUUGCUAUACUUAUGCGGAAGGCGGUCCCAGCAUGCUGCAGCAUACUCGACCGAGUAACACCACAGACGCUUGCCCACGUUCACCAACAUCGCACGCACAGCGCCGAAUAUGGUCCGCGUAAAGCGUUCGCAGGUUCCGUUUUGCUCUGGGUUGUAGGGAACCGUAGGAGCAUCACCGACCCGCAGCGAUUGCAUGACCUUGGUCAUGGAGUCACUGCCCAGAGCUGGCUCAUUGUCCCUACGGACGAACGAACCAUACCACCUUGUCCUCGAGGGUCAAAGCGUAGUUCUUGCGAAUGCCUUUGAUCAAUUCCUCCAAAACCUCAACGCAGUCACUUUUCAGCCUAAGAGGGACACAGAAACGCUUCUUGAUGGCAUCACAGAUGACAACAAGCACGCAGGUGCGUGACCGAAUCGAUACCGGUUUAAUACCUACCGCGAAAUCCAUCGCUAGUAGUUUCAAUGGCUGAGGCUUGUAAUUACUAGUGUCUCGCUCCUUGGCGUGAGAGCUUCUUGCGCCUUUCGCUUUGUCGCAUUCAGGACACUGGACAUCAAGACCAUCUACAUGAAAGUGUCCGAAUCUUCUAUGUUGUUCUAGACGCGUAAGAUGACAACUAGCAAUACUUUCCAUCCUCUAUUGUAAUGCAUGCAAUGUCUUCCGUGGUGUCUCUAGUCGCCUGACCCCGUAGGCCCACCACGAAAAGAUCACACCCAAGGACUGGGAGGGUCAGCCUCUCGUGGUUCUUGAUUGGUAGCAUCUGACCGGAUUCCCUGUUGACGAGAGAGCCGCCAGAGCUGUUGUAGUUCAGAUCCCACCCACGAUCACUGAGAUUGUCCUCACCGAGCCACGGAAGAACGCGAUCAAUAUCUCUAGGAAGAUGCUUAAAGUAGACGCCGUAGGGUAAACCUAAAGCGUUUUCCUUCAGUUUUCCGACAAAACCAUCACGAGCCCCGGCCGUGCCGUUGAUGCGACAGACGUUGCCCGAGAUGUCAACACAAUCUGACUUGUGUCUAGAUAAGUACUUGCUUGCACAUGAAUCGACCAAGCUCACUUCGUCCUUGGUCUGUGCAAUAAAACAGCUAGAAUAAUUUGAGUCAAAUUCUUCUAAAUUCUCGAAGUUCAGCAUACAGCUACCAUACUCCGAGAUGUAAACAUCUCCUUCAUUUAGUCAGGCUGGACCUUGCCAGACCCAACCACCCUGCUUUCCACCGGCUCCCGGCCCUUGAUUCUGCGUGUUCGUCUGGUUCUGGUUCACCGGCGGACACCACUGCGGCUGCUGGUUUCCCCAGGCACCACCCCACUGACCUUUCCCUUGAUUGUUAGGAUUCCAGCGGCAACGGUCAGCCUUAUGGUUUUCCUUGCCACAGAUCCAGCAUUUGGGUUUGGUCACAGUGUUGUAGGGAGUGCUCUGGUUCCGACCAGUCUUGCCACCACCUUUCUGGCCACCUCCGCCCUUAGCGUUAGACUUCGGGGGCAGGCCAUGGGCAGCCAGGACACUCGCUUCGGUCUGCUUACGAACUUUGGCUUUCGUGCGCUUCAAGGCUUUCGCCGAGAACACCAUGCCAGAAGAAGCAUUUUGACCAUCAUCAGCGGAGUCCGGCUCCUCAUCAUCGUCGUCAUUUUUCUGACGUUUGUUUCCCUUCUUGUUCUUCUUCGACUUCUCCUCGAUGACCGGGAAGGCCUUGCCGAAAGACGGGCUCUCAAUCUUGUAGGACCCCUCCUUGACCAACUGCGCGAGCUUCUUCUCGAGACGGUUCCCGAUCUCCUGCAAGGUGAUGUGAUCGGACUCGUCCACGCAGCGGUCGAUGGUCUGGCGGAAGGCCGACGCAAACAUCUUGGGCAACUUGUCCAGAAUGUUCUUCGCGUGACGAUCUUCGGCCGGACGCCCGGGCUCCGGAACGUUACAAGCGGCCAUCUCUGUUAACGCAAGCUGGGGGAAAAUCUUCCAAGAACCUUCCGAAAUGUUUCCAGCGCCCCAACUUUUCAGGGCGUCAGUAGAUUGCAAACUGAAGGGCGCCCCAUUGAGCUUGCGGUGGCCUGGGCCGCAUCUAUAUUAGGGCGGUGAAUAAUCUGACGCACAGCAUCCCGCCGGGCUCAAUUUUUGAGCCGCAUGGCACGGCGAACCACGCAAAGCGCCUGCAAUUGCCGGGCGCUGUAAUUAUGCGCGCCACUGGGCCGACCCCGGGCACCCACAUGGAUGGCUUGCUCCGGUGGAGGCCCAGGCGGGCCAUAGCAUGUGGCGAAGGCCUUCCGUUUCGAGCCCAAGUGGCCUGUUGUUCGCGGCCGUUAUUGUCACCGGCCCCCGUGCCCUCGUGCAUAACAUUACGCACGGUGGCAUGGUGGCCAUAGAAGUUUCGUCGCUUUUUGGCUUCAAGCCAGCAAAACGCCUGCGGCCUUACUUCCGCCCUUUCUGGGCGCGGCAUGUCUUGGUGAGGGGGGCGGCGCCCUUCUGGCCAUGCCAUCAGGGCAACCAGAGGAAAGCGAGGCGGCGAACCCGCCUCCUUGGGGCCCUGGCCAGGUGGGCCCGCCGGCGGCCAGGCGCCGCGCGCGGCAGAUUGCGUGCCGGCUGCCGGGCGAAACAAACGGCGCGGCGCCUUUGAAUAAGGAAAAACGCACGGGAGUGAUGUGCCUCGGAAUGGCCCCGAAAUCCUUCCGAAAUCCUUCCGAAAUCCUUCCAGCGAGUUGCAAAAAAGUGGCGGCCUUUUUCAAUGAAAAAAUAGCAAAAAAGUGGUGAGCCCGAAACAGGCUUAGUGGAAGGAUUUGGGAAGGAUUUCGGAAGGAUUCCGGAAACAUUUGGCGCAUUACAAAUUCACUUUUCAAGAAAAUUUUUUUUUUUGGUCUGCUACUUGCUCGGGGCGGUCGAUCAUAGCGCCGGCGGAAGGAUUUCGGAAGGAUUUGGGAAGGAUUUCGGAAGGAUUUCCGGGACCUUCUGGAAGGAUUUGGGAAGGGUUUCGGACGGGUUUCCGGGGCCUUCCCGGAAGGCCAUCGGGAAGGCCUUUCAGCGGGAUUCUUCCUUCGGUGGCACUCCCCCGGGCCCGAAAGCCAGCCGGUGAGGUGCCGCAGGGGCCGCCCUGGACGCAGCUUGCCUACCUACGCCUGCCGACCGCAUUCCCUAGGGAGGGUAGGGCCGUUGGCCGCUUGCGCGGCGGGCAGUUUCGGUGGCCCGGUAGCCCCUUGCGGGUUUUUUGUAUGUAGCGCGCCCACGGACGUUCCGGCCUGGCGGGCUUUUUUUUGCGAUGUAUUUUGCAAAAUGCCCGGCAGGCUUCAAGCGGUCGGUGGUGUUUUUUCCGUCACAUAAAAAGCAUUCGCCCACUGACUUAUCAAGCAGCCGGGGCGCUGAUAGCAACCAACCAGCCCCAGUGGUAUUCGUGUUCUAUCGGUUGGCGCUUGAUAAAACGACGCGGGGGGGCUGGCAAAGGGGGCGCCCGUUCGAGGCGCCCACCGCCUUCCUUGGUUUCUGCCGAUUUUGGGCGCCCAUAACGGGGCGCCAACAGAGCAGCAGCCCGGGAAAACACCGGGCGCAGAUCUUUCACAGCGCGGGCGCGCGCCGCGCAUUAGCGCAUUGGCUGGUCCUCGUUGCCGUGGCUCGCCUACCCCAACAAGGCAGAAAAGUUAUGAGGCAAAUCAGCUGCGCUCAGGGCCGACAGGGCGCGGGCAUUGGUGGGGUGCUGGAAGGAUUUGGGAAGAUUUUUGGAAGAAUUCCCGCGCAGGUGCGUUAUCAGGCGGUCCGUUUGUAAGAACGUAGACACUCGGCGCCAUCUCCAUCAAGUCGUGGAUCUGGGCCAGGAACGUCGGAGCAUCCUUCGGCGCGUCGCGGUUGUCGAAGUGCAUGGCGUCGAUUGAGGAGGUCUUGAUCUGCUGCUGGUCGCGGGAUGCAACAUUGAAGCGACCCACGUCACGAAUACGCAUGAACAACUGCGCAGCGUCAUCGUUGAUGUAGUGCUGAUUGUUGGCCCACGUUUCCACGGACCCGGUGCACGACUUGUAGAUGGCAUCCUUCAAGUCGCGCCACUUCUCCCGGAUCGCCCGCGUUAUUGGCAGUAUUGUUCGCCUGCGGAAUCCCCGGAGGGUUACCAGCAAGACGAUUAUCCCAAUACUCCUGGAGUCCGAGACGAGCGACCUCGUUCGUGACUCCGCGAUGCCAGAUGCGCCAGUCCUGCGCACUGGACAGCUUCGCCGUCAAUUUCGCCUCUUGGCCCAUCUUCAAACACUUAUCUGACUAUAAGAGCCAGUUUGAGUCUCAAGGCGUAGCGUAGUGUUAGUGGACUUGAGAACACUCGCACAUAUUUGCACGCGUUUGCUCCGUUGAGGCUCAACGGAGCAAAUGAGCUCGUUAUCAGCAGCAGAUGAAUCAAUCCAAUUGCAAGUAAGCAAGCAAGUGACGCAAGUCUCUUGCUGCGUUACAUCCUGUAGGUUCAGUUCAAUCACAUUCGUCAAGAUUCUCGCAUGAUUCUCACCAGAUGUCAACACGUGUCAGGAUCUCGGGUCUUGGUAAAGAUUUUAUCAGCGGACGGGGUCGCUGGUAAAGUUUUGAUCAGGGGACGAGGUCCCAGGUAAAGUGUUGACCCGGGCUUGGUAUAGGUCGGGAGACCUGCCCAAAGCACGGACAAUCUGGAGAGCUACUUGGGAUCACUUGACUGGAGGAUCAUGUCACCAGCUACAGAGCCUGGCUUACGAUUUUACUUAGGUCCGUGGUCCUUGCUCAAAGUUUUACCAGGGACGGCGGUCGCAAGUAAAAUCCGAACGAAGCAGCAUGCUACGGGGUCGAUUUGAGUCAGAACCUUCAGUCAUUUUCAUCAUGGAACAGGCUUCAUUUGGGGCGAUCGUGUUACGUGUGUGCGGGAUCGAUUUCCAUGGCCAAAACUUAUCCAAAUGGCAAGAGUUUAAAUUUUACAUUCUCACGACCCACGUGAUGUCGUGUGUUUUCAAGAAGAUGAAGGAAGCGUAUUCUUAUUUCGUUUAAUAUUUCUCGUUACAACGUCCAGAACGAAGAAGUAAAUCACGCAGAUGCCAAGAAAGAUGGACGGAGAAAUUUUACCAAGCUGGCAGAAUAUCAUCUUCGCAAUGAUGUGUCUGCAGCAAAUCCAUCUACUUCUACAGAUUCAAGCACUUCUCAAAUCUCAAUCCAAUAAUCGCACUAUUUCAAACUUUUCGACUUCAAGAAUUUUUUUGAUCUUCAACAGCUGCUUCAUUUGGCUCUUUUUGUAUUAAUUUGUACGACACCGACAACAAUGAAGGUGCGAUCACGCACUUUUUUUUUCGACUCUAUUCAUUGCAGCUAACGUAUGUCUCGGCACGACGGUCGUGUACUCGAAGUUGUACUAGCAUCCGCAAAGAUGUUCUAUUUGGAUGGCAUUGUGGCGAUUUCUAUUCUCUUACUUGUAGCUCUAGCGAAAUAAAAAAAAAUGAAAUAGAAAUUUAGAUUUUUCGGAGCCUUAUUGCAAGCGAGAUGGAGGAACGUAGCAGAAAUAGAACCUUUUGAGGAUGAUUGUUGUGGGAAUUUUUCACACAACCUUUUUUCGGCGACGCAGCGACCCCUUCACGAUCGAAAAAAUCAGAGCGACUUUUUAGGAAUACAGCAACCACGACCAGAUAGCUGCGGCAAUAAAGAAUCUGCAGGACAACUACAACUGUUAUUUCUACAUCGAAUACCGCUCUAUUAUUCAUGUUUCACCUAGUGUAGUUCUAUUUACUACCGGUUAUUUCCAUGACCUUACGUAGCUUUGUCCUCGUCAUUAUACGUAUUGAACUGCGUGUGGGAGUCGCGAUCUCGCAUGCCCAGGAAGGUACUAAGCAAAAGAGCUUCAGCUCCCUGAGGUGAUUGAUUGUGAGAUCCAGCACGAGGAGAUCACAUUCACAAGAACGCGACCUGCAGGUGGGGAGGUGAAGGUGCGUGAAAGGGAGAACGUUCUGUCGUUCAGGUGUGCCGGUGCCGCUUCGUUUUACGUGAGGACUCGAAGAAGGCGACCGCUUUUAGUACCAGCCCCACACAAAUAACAUUUCGCUCCCGCUCUGUCAUGUGUAACUACGAGCUGUAGAAAAGUACCUCCGGCGUCUUCGCUAUGUUGAUGAUACCCUGGCGGUAGCGAGAAGCCACGGACAAACGAUACAAGCGAGCCAAAACAAAAUUAUAGUUGAUAGCAAUCCACUGAGCGACAUUUCCUCUUUACAUUCAAAGAAGCCUUUUGUUCUUUUGGAAAUAAAAAUCACAAUGCCACCGCUUGAUUUGCGGAGCUGGAAGCUACCGCAGCAUUUAGCUGAUGGUGGAGCCGAUUUUUUCCCGCCUGAUAAUCUUGGCAUAUUAACGAAGAGGCUGACAAGGUUGUUCGCGU